UCCUUCCUUGCUUCUUUAGAAGAAAUCUAGAUUCUUUUUUCUCUGAAUUUUUUGAGAGUAGAGACAUGGUUCUGAGUGGGAAAGUGGAGACUGAAGUAGAGAUUCAAGCACCUGCAGCUAAGUUCUACCACGUCUUUAGAAAGCAAAUUCAUCAUGUUCCUAACAUGUCUACAGAAAGAGUACAUGGAGCUAAAGUGCAUGAAGGUGACUGGGAAAAUAUUGGUUCAGUCAAACACUGGGACUUUACCAUAGAAGGUAGAAAAACAAGUGCUAAGGAGAAAAUUGAAGCUAUAGAUGAUGAUAACAAGAUAAUAUCAUACAGCCUCUUUGAUGGGGAAAUCAGUGAAGGUUACAAGAGUUUAAGGGGCACAUUACAAGUGAUUAAUAAGGAAAAUGGAGGAAUUGUGAAAUGGACCUUCGAAUAUGAAAAGCUGCAGGAGAAUAUCACUGCUGCAUCUCCUGAUUCUUUUUUGGACUUUGCUGCUAAGGUCACUAAAGAUAUUGAUGAUCAUCUUGUCAAGGCAUAGCAAGAAAAAAAAAGAGUGUGUGAUUGGUGAUGAAGUGGGUUUGGCUAGAGUUUUAAUCCUUAUUAUCUAAAUAAAAGCAUCAUUUAGUAAACUUUGGAAUGCCGGAUGUGUAAUAAUGAUAUAUAUGCUUCUUAGUGUUCCUUGUUUGUGAUAGAAUGCAUGGAUAUGAUGUUUGUUCGUUAUAUUGCACUACUAUAUAUAUGCAUGUCAACUGAAUGCUUGUAUAUAGCUCAUUUGUGUAGUUUUUUGGGUUUUGAUGGGUGUCCUUUGUAAAAUAUGCCUGUUUUAAAUAUAAAUACAAGAAAAUGAAUAAUUGAGUAA